UCGAACACCAGCCGCACAUUUAAAGGGGCUAUGUUAUUUUGCUGAGUGCGCACGCCUUUAUUCUCCUCGCCGCUGCCUGUGUAUAUCUCCGCUAUGUGUGUAUGUCGUUGUGUGUGAGAGUGCAUUAGGAGCAGACAUGCUAAUUCAUCAGGGACGGUGUCAUUAGACAUGCAGAACGAGCACAGUCAGUGUUUUAACAAAGGGAUAUGCUGCUGCUGCUUCUAGAAAUUGGUUAUGAGGGAAUCCCAAGCCAUGUUGACAGAGUAAGGUUUGGUGCGUGUGUAGCUGCGCGUUCCGAAAGGCUAAAUUUAAUACACUGCUGUGUACAGUGUAGAGAAAUGUGUAGUGAUGUCCAAUUAGAGCUGGGCAGAUUAAUAUCCCGAUUCAUCAGGAUGGAACCGUGCAAAAAACCUACAAAAACGAAUGCAAUACUAGAGCUAGAUUAUUAAGAACAGGUGGACUGCUUUUGUCUAGACGGUCGAGGUAAGGUAAGGGUAAGCUGUGUAUGCUGUUGUGGUUGAAGGAUAGGUUACAUACCUGGGUGAAGUGACUGGCAUCAUUUUAUUAGUUUUAUCUCUACGGAAUUAAAACGCUCUUGUAAAAUCAACAGCACAGGGUCAGGUGUCACAAUUGAAAGUUUCAGUCGUUUAAAAAGCAAUUCAUUCAUGUGAUGUGGCGGGAGACAUGUUCUCAUUUAUUAAAAACGAUAGAGGAGGUAUUUUCGAUAUGAUUUCUGUUAACCGUUUUUUCAAUGCAUAUUGUGUACUGACGGAUUGAAGGGAUAUUAGAUUGUGCUGAUUCGUCACAAAUGAGGAAUUAAGUGUGUGCUGUGGUGAUGUGCCAUGCUCUGGUCAGCCGAGGUCUUGCCUCGGUGUGAAGGAAUCGAUGUUGUUAACGACACCUCUUCUGAGAUGACCGAGAAUUCGCAUCAGGACCAGACCUGCGUUGUCAGAACAGGGUCUCGUGGUAUGACGACCGCCAACAAGGGACACAAGGCCUUAAAGGUGAAAAGGGAGCCCGGGGAGAAUGGCACGAGCCUGACGGACGAGGAGCUGGUGACGAUGUCGGUGCGGGAGCUGAACCAGCACCUGCGCGGCCUGACCAAAGAGGAGAUCCUGCAGCUGAAGCAGCGGCGGCGCACGCUCAAGAACCGCGGCUACGCGGCCAGCUGCCGGGUCAAGCGGGUCACGCAGAAGGAGGAGCUGGAGAAGCAGAAGGCGGAGCUACAGCAGGAAGUAGAGAAGCUGGCCUCGGAGAACGCCAGCAUGAAGGAGGAGCUCGAUGCCCUGCGCUCCAAAUAUGAAGCCUUGCAGAACUUCGCCAGGACAGUCGCCCGUAGCCCCGUGGCCCCCUCCCGGGGACCCAUUGCCUCCGUCAUCGGGCCCCUCAUCCCCGGCAAAGUGGCCACCACCAGCGUCAUCACAAUAGUCAAGUCAAAAACAGGUGCCAGGUCUUAGUAUCCGGCAGGGCUUGAGGGCAGUGGUUGGGAGAACAGGGCUGGUCAGUGCAUCAUAAUUGAGCACAUAUUUUUUUUUUUUUUUUUUUUUUUUUCUUUUACACCACCCAUACAAACUGCCUUGUGGCAGUGGUUGAGUUCGGUGGGCUGGUUAGAGCUGGGGACUGGCAACUGCCUGGAUUACUGAAGCCCAGCUCAGCCACUGCCGUACUGUGCCACCCUGAGGCAGGUCCCUUCUCCUCCAGGCUUCCUGAGUUGUAAGCAGGACCGUGCUGGAUAACAUCAUGUGGCAUCUUGGCUGGGUUUGACAGAUUGGAAAUUAAAAUCUGAUCCAAUAAACCAUGAAACUGGCAUGGAUUAGUAGAACUGAAAACAAAACAAAACAUACAACUGUAUUGAAGUUGUUUGGGGUUAGCAUGGGUCCAAAAAGAUUUUAAUGUUUUGUUCAUUUUUGUAAUGUAGGAAUUUGUUAGCCCAGUGGUCUAUUUAUGGAAUUUAUUAUUAUUAUUAUUAUUAUUAUUAUUAUUAUUAUUGAUUAUUAUUAUUAUUAUUUAAAAAAUCUUCAUGUUUUUCUAUUUUUGCAUGUCAGAACAAAACUCCAUUUUGUAUACAAGUAACUAUGUCUGAAACAUGGAGAGAACUGAAAAUAAUGUUGCUGCUUUUGUAAGCACAGCUGACCAUAGUUAUGCAAUUGGCUUAAAGUUCAAAGCAAUUCAGUCUAGUCUGUUUGAAGGAGGACUGAAGGCUAACCAAAACUUUCACUUUUUCUUAUAUAAAUGUGCCUAAUAUUUUGCACUGACCAAACAAAUUGCAAAAAAAAAAAAAAAAAAAGCUGUAGGUGUUCACAUAUUUCACAGCUGUACAGUAUCAGAACAGUGGUAGAGAUAUUAGUUGAUAUGACCAAUUUAUGUGAUUGGAUAGUCCUUUCUUUAAAACAAACAAACAAAAAAAAAAAAAACUAAAACAUUGCGCAUUUGUGUUUCCAUGUUGGGGUUGAUGGUUUACAAGCUAUUGUAUAAGAAAUAUUGCAAAAGCAAUAGUGGAUUUUGGUAUUUCUGUUAUCACAAAUGUUAUGAUACCCUGUUGAUCAGUCUAGAUAGGUUGGUGACAACCUACUUGGAUUCUCAGACAACAAUUUUCCCUUGCCCACUAUAGUGGGCAUAUCCUGGGUCUGUUUUAUAUAUCCAACGUUAUAAUAUGUUGGUACUGUCUUAAUCUUUACAAUGAAAAUAAAUAAUGUUGAUGUGAAGCUAUUGUUUACUAAAAGCUCCACAAUUACUUUGAGACAGACCCAUUCACUUUCUGAAUGACGACAACUUUUUUUUUAUUUUCUUUUUAAUUAAAUGGGGGGACUAGCUGACCACAUAAAUAGACAAAUUGUAUUCACACAAACUUUAUUAUAAAAAGUCGUUGUAUAUGUAUUCAAAGGAUCUUUGUCCACGUUCAAGUUUGAUUUUUAUAAAUACAUAGAGCAUUUCUUGCAUUAUUUAUAAAAUGUAAAAAAAAAAAAAAAGACAAAAAAUAAAUUGUUUGAUAUCCUUUUUUGCAAUUGUACCAAAAGUGGCUUAUUAUUGAAGUCGAUAGCUUUUCCUAGUGGCUAGGCGCGUACCGUGAUGCAGCGUGGCGUGAUGUUUAAGUGACUAGGUGACAGUAUUGUUCACUAUAUGGAUGUGAUGCUGUACUUCCUUUUUAUUACUUUGAUUACUUGUGAUGUAAACGGCACUUCUAAGCUUUCAGACCACCACCUCUUUGUGUCACGAAUGCUUUCUAGUACUUUUUGGUUUGCUGGCAACACCCUAUAAUUAGUUGAUCAAUAGAAAUGAUCGGUUGGCCAUUACAGUGCAUCAACUGGUAAAUGUUCUGUUUGUGUAGAACUUCAGAAUUACUUCUGUGAAACGAUUUGAUGGAAGAACCUAUAUGCGUUUGUGUACUACUGCAUCUUCCUCUACAUGCAAAAACAGGUCAGUUUCUCCAUUUUAUUCUUGGUUUGGUAUUGAAAGAUCAUUUCUCUUCACCAUGUGUUCACGCUUUAAUGAACCCCGAGGGUUUCUGCGCGCCUGUGGUGUGUUGUGUGCGUUGACAUAGAAACAAGGAGAGGCUUAGCCUGAUCUUUAUGUAAGAGACACACUGUGGAAAUGCACACAUUUUCCCAAAUAGCUUGAAAUGGAGUGCAGUUUCCUAGGCAUUCAGGAAGCCUGCUCUUUUUAGAAUGUGUCUUCUGCUUCAUUAGCCAUUCCUGUUGAUCCUGAGAGCUGCUCAGCAUAAACGUGGGGGUCUGAAGGUGAAAAUAAUGUGCUGCUGUUGAUUGUUUUAAGUUAUUUUUGUGAUUGUGAUUUUGUUUUUGUUUGGAGUUGUUUUUUUGUAUAUUUUUGUGCUAUAUUUAAAGGAAAAAAAAAAAACAAAAAAAAAAAAAAAAUUUGCCAGGGGUGUGCUACUCUUGUACUGGGUAAUACAUGGUUAGGACAGAAACUCGCUGCUCGUGGAUCCUAAGCUACUGCCGUCUCGUAAAGGACCAGAAACUAAAGACCGCAAAGCCUGUUUCACACAUGCAGCCAGCCGUAGUUGCUGCUGAUUACACAGGGGAAUUCUGCCUCAAAUUGAUGAAAAACAUUCUUGCACUUUUUCAGUAUAAACAGUUAUCGUACAGGUAUUAAACUCUUUCAUAGAAGUAACGUUUAGCCAGAAUAAUGUUACAGUACUGUAGUGUUGAAUAGUUGCCUUUGACCAAUACAUUGCAUAUGACUGGAGCCUUAAAUAUGUGGUUUAUUUAGGUAACACUUAGCAAAACUAUUAUAGGCUUUUAUAAAGUUCUAAUCAAUUACAGCACUUGCAAGUAUCAAGAAUAGGUAGAAAUGAAUUCCAUGAGUAAUGCUUUAUUUGAAUGGGCACUUUCUGUGUUUAUGAACAGAUAACUAGCUUACAAAUAUGCUGUGACAACAUGAGAGAAUUGGGUUUAAAAGCUUUUUAAGGCGUUUUUUUUUUUUAAAGACAGCAGUACUUUUUAUUAGUUUAGAAAAAAAGUUUACUAUAUAUUAUAUUUUAACAAAAGUACGAACAACAUUUCUUAACAUGCUAAUAGUUAAGAGUUAAUAAACAAAGUGUCCAUUAAAAAUAAAGUGUAACAUGAAAAAAAUAUGAACUUGAAUGAACAGGAACCUCAAACAUACUGUACUUCUGCAGCUGAUCCAAGUUUUAUAAAGGGAAGAAUUUGAAAAGCAAAAAACGAAAUCCAGACAUGACUUGUUGGAGCCGUUACUCUGGUCCUGUGCAGGCGUUCGGUAGAAGGUUCUGGGGUAGAAUCGCCCACCACAGCCGUUGUCUAAUCAUGUCCGGCCAUUUAAAAGUUUCUGUGAAAGUUUUUUGGUUAGGGAAAAUACCCAUUUGCAAGGCAAGAGUUUUUAUGAGCGCAAUUGCUCACAAAAGAAAGUGAGCAAACCUCCUUUACGCCCAUCAGUUUGUGAAUAAAUUUGUGAACCCAACUGCAAGAAACUAAAAGAUGAUUCGCAGUGGAAAUUCAUUUUUAAGAUAUUUAUGUUGUGCUCCCCUACCCCUAAACACUUGACCUUUCGGAACUGAAUUGUUUGUCUGAAAAGCUACAGCUAUGGCCAAACAUUUUGCAUCACCUAGAACUUUAGGAUUGAGAAAUAAUAAUAAUAAUAAAACUAUAUGAACAGAAUUUAGAUAUUUUAUUUAACAUCAUGAAAUCAAAGAAACUUCAAAGUGAUCUACCAUAAUAGUAGUACAGUAUUUCAUGUUAGAUUUCAAAAUGUCAAUUUUUUUAAGUAUAUGGAAAACUGCAAAGCGGUAUGUAAUUCAAUUUGUUAAUGUAACAUUAUUCAGCAGGCUUCAUUAAGUUAAUUGUAUAGGGUGAUGCAAAACAUUUGGCCAUAGCUGUACAAAACACUGGAAAACCUCCCCCCCCCCCUAAAGUAUUUCUUUCUUCUCUUGCAUAAGGACACCAGUUAAAAAGGCAAAAAAAAACAACACAUAAAAAAGCGCUGAUUUUCUUCCACUAGUUCUGUGAAGGUGUUCUCCUGACAUUUUUCCUAUUUCUCUGUGCUGCUUUGUUUCAGUGUGAACGUUCUCUCUCUUGCUGUGGAGAUUCUGUCGUAAUUCCCUCUGAACAAUGUGUAAAGGGUUAAAGUGCUUGUAGCAAGCGCCUUGUGUCUUUCGUGUUCUCUUCUGGAGACCGUGUUGCGUACAUGUGUACGUCGUGGUGACUGUUGUGAACCUUUUUAAAUAUGCAACGUAAUGGACUGCAUUGAGAGGCAAUAGCUCUAAACUAUGGGUCGUCUUGUGAAGUGACAAAGUAAAUAGUUUUUUUUUUUAUACAGAAUGCUAUCUGUCUGUCUAUGUGAUUCUUAUUGGAUCUGUAAACGCUGUGUUAACCUAACUGUUUCCUUCCUUCACAAGAUUUCAGAAUCCAUAAAAUACAGACCAUUCAGCAAUAAAAUAAUUCAUUGUAAUAUCUGUGUACAUCAUUACAUCCCCUACUAUUGAAACAGGUCAGCUAUGUGUACUUUUUCAGUUCUUGGUGUUCUCCAGUUAGAUUUUGUGGUCCCAGUCCUGAUCUGACCUUUGCAUGCUAAGAAGUGCUUCCACUUCGAUUCAUUUUUUAAAGAAACCAAUUCACUUUAAUACCAGUAUUUCACAAUGUUUGCACAUUUAAAAAAAAGAGUAUUGCUUUUCUUUUCAAGGUUUUAAACAUGAUUUUUAUUUCCCAUUGCACUUAGAAAGAAGUGUUGCAAACUGCACUGGAGAGUUCUUUCAAUCUGUUUUCAGUGCACUGUUGCACACCUAUUCAACCACAAUACUGACAACACUUUUAAAAAAAAUAAAAUAAAAAAUUAUGUGGACUGGUGACUUGUCUAGGUGAGGAAAACCAGCACAAAAAGGAAGGGACUAAAUGCGGAGAUGGGGGAGGGGGCAAAUGGAAGUUGCAAUAUAUACAGUAUAUUUGCAUAUCAGAAAAUGUCCUCGCCUUUUGCCUGGGUGUAAUUCUUGGUGUCAGAAGGUUGGUGGUGAUUUUGUGCAGAAUGGUCUGUAUUCCUCUUUGCGGUUUGACUCGGGUUCCAGCCCAGCUUUGCAACAGCCAGUGGAACAAACUGUAGUUCAACGCCUUAUCAAGUCAAAUAUCUUCUAGGUUAAAAAUCUUUUAAAAUAAAAAAUAAAAAACAACUGUACCGUAUCACCGGUUAUGCAUUGUGCAGGAAGGAAAGUGGUUUUAAAAUUGGAAAAGGUUUUUUUUUUUUUUUUUUUGGCACCCUAUUUUAAUUGGGGGAGGGGUUGGGGUUGCUCACUGCAUUUCGAAGUCUGAAUACAGUAUUUGUCGUUCAUGUUUAAUUUUACUUUGAAAACGUUCUAUUUUGCUGCUAGACCAAUUAGAUUUAGUUGUAAUGAAAUAGUGGGUUUUUUUUAAUGCUGUUGGUAAACUCUUAAAGUAACCCUCCCCUCAAACACAGAUGAAACCAGAGUAAUUGUCAAUAUUUGCAAUGUGUUAACUGCACUAUUGCGUGUACUUCUGCAGUCUGCAUUUGUUUUAUUAUGCCCUUAUCAGUGAAGUGUAGAAUUAUAUUUAAAACAAAAGGAAAUUCUCUUAGCAUUUGGGUGGCAGAUCUUUAGAUGGCUUGUGUUAUUUAUUCGGCCACGUACAGUAUACAGUAUCUGAUCUCCAAUAACUCUUAAUACCUUAAGAGUAAAGUCAUUUUUGCUUCAAAGUCUAAAGUGAGAAUUGUGAGCUAUAUAAAAGUAGUGUGUUUUUAUGAAUAUGGUUAAUAAAUAAUAAUAAUCUAUCCUUAUUUUAUGUCGGUUUCUAAAGGGGUGUAAUAAAUUAUAUCACAGUGCUUUGUAUGAAAAAUAAGUCCAUUCAGUUGUAAGUAUUUAUUUACUAAAUUAUUGUACUUUUUUUUUGCAAUCUGUAGAUAAGUAAUAUGUAUUCAUAUAUAACAACCAUCAAAUGAACUGUUUAAUUUACAGUAAGAGGCGUCUAAGUUAUUGAUGUACAUACUGUAUGUUUAUUGAUAUACAGCUUACUUUAUUUUGUAUAUGACCAAUAAACACAUUUUGAAAAAGAAUC